AUGCGGGCAUUGGAUGUCGAUGGCUCCAUGACACUUCAGCGCUCUGAGCUUUUCAAGGCGGUGAAGAUGUUGAACUGGAAGGGCAACUGCCGCGCUUUGUGGCAAGCACUCGAUCAUGAUGCAAGCGGCAUCACUACCAUCGAGGAGUUGGAUCCUCAAUCUGCGCAAUUGCUGGCUUAUUUCCGGGAAUGGGCCUUGAAGACGAGCCCGUCCAAGAGGCCAAGUGAGGCUUUCGAGGUGCUGGACCGGUUUCGCCACAAGGCUGCAGUGGUGCCGAAGGGCGGCAGAAGGCAAAAAGAGGUUGACCCAUGCCGAGAAUUGGAGUCUCAUGGCUUUGGUCGGAAUGCCAAACAGGUGGCUUCGAUUCUAGAUUGGCAGGAGAAGAAGCACAUCUGCGCCCGUGAUUUUGAGUUCAUGGACGUCUGGCGAGCCCCCGCGCCUGGUGAUUGCAGCCUGCGCGAAAGCUCUACUCAACCUCCAGCUUCAAGGCUUGUAGCGCGACACGGUCACAUCCUCAAGGCCUGGCGCUUCGCUAUGGACAAGGAUUGCUCAAACAGCUGCAAUUGGCACGAGUUCCAGGAGGCGGCGUGCUGCCUGGACUUUCUGCGUUCGGGUGUUACCAUCUCAAGCCGACUCCCUUCCGGUUGGAGCCGCAAGAUGCUGCAAGUUCGCAAGAAAUCUUCCAAUGGCAUUGUCGAAAUGCCCAGUCGGAAGCGUGCUGAAGGCUUAAACCGUUGA